AUGGGUGACGGAAGAUUCAUUGACUUCCAAUUCCAAGUUUUGAAUUCAAGCCUAAGACCCAGGUUGGGCAAUGCUACUGCCAAUAAUACUUGUAUUGUUGAUGAUUCCUUCAAGUAUAAUCUGAAUGGUGCUGUCUACAGUGUUGUAUUCAUCCUGGGUCUGAUAACCAACAGUGCCUCUCUGUUUGUCUUCUGCUUCCGCAUGAAAAUGAGAAGUGAGACAGCUAUUUUUAUCACCAAUCUGGCCCUCUCCGAUUUGCUCUUUGUCUGCACUCUACCUUUCAAAAUAUUUUACAAUUUCAAUCGCCACUGGCCUUUUGGUGACACUCUCUGCAAGAUCUCUGGGACUGCAUUCCUUACCAACAUCUAUGGGAGCAUGCUCUUCCUCACCUGUAUUAGCGUGGAUCGUUUCCUGGCCAUUGUUUAUCCCUUCAGAUCUCGUACCAUUAGGACCAGGAGGAAUUCUGCCAUUGUGUGUGCUGGAGUCUGGAUCCUGGUCCUCAGUGGUGGUAUUUCAGCCUCCUUGUUCUCAACCACUAAUGUCAACAAUACAACCACAACCUGCUUUGAGGGCUUCUCCAAACGUGUUUGGAAAACUUAUUUGUCCAAGAUCACCAUAUUUAUUGAAGUUGUUGGCUUCAUCAUUCCUCUGAUAUUGAAUGUCUCUUGUUCUUCUGUGGUGCUGAGAACCCUCCGCAAGCCUGCUACACUGUCUCAAAUUGGGACCAAUAAGAAAAAAGUGCUGAAGAUGAUCACAGUGCAUAUGGCAAUCUUUGUGGUCUGUUUUGUACCCUACAACUCUGUUCUCUUCCUGUAUGCCCUGGUGCGCUCUCAAGCCAUUACCAAUUGCUUUUUGGAAAGAUUUGCUAAAAUUAUGUACCCAAUCACCUUGUGCCUUGCAACUCUUAACUGUUGCUUUGACCCUUUCAUCUAUUACUUCACCCUUGAGUCCUUUCAGAAGUCCUUCUACAUCAAUACCCAUAUCAGGAUGGAGUCCAUGUUUAAGACUGAAACACCUCUUACCACAAAGCCUUCCCUUCCAGCUAUUCAAGAGGAAGUCAGUGAUCAAACAACAAAUAAUGGUGGUGAGUUAAUGCUAGAAUCCACCUUCUAG